CUUCAUCUUCCGGUAUCAUGCACUAGCCUCUGGUUCACUUCAGCUACUGUUGGAGCUUCCAGGUUUCUGGCCUUCAUUCAGAAGGCUGCGUUGCUUCAGUUGAUUCUUGCUGAAGUUCCAGUACAGGAAGCUCAAAUACGUACUGUCCAUGGCUGCACUCCCAAGUGUUUCAGAGAGGCAGUGUGUAUUACCUGCUGUGUUAACACUGAUUUUUGUCAUCGAUUAAGAAUGGAGGUACGUGGGCCACGCAGGAAUCCCAGCUAUCUCUCUGACCUCUAUCAGAACAUGUUACAGGCUGAAGAAGCCCCGCGACGUGGCCAGCAACAGCCCCCCGCAGUCCAUAUAAGUAGCAAUAUGAUUCUUUGGAGCAAUACCCCAGCUAAGGGGAGCCCCCAGCCAAAUAAGCUUCAGAGCAGCACUUCCUCCAGCUGUGAUCCAGCAUUACGGCCUAUUAUACGCCGCCGAGCAAGAUCUUUGCCUACAUCGCCUGAAAGAAGGAAGCGAGCAGGAGUGCAGUGUCAAGUUCCUGGAUGCCAGAGUCGUAUGAACCGGGUGAGAUUUGCUGAUGCUUUGGGCUUGGAGCUCACUGAAGUGAAAGUCUUCCAGAGCGGGGAGGAUCCAUCGAUCCCCUUGCAUGUCCUUUCCAGGCUCUCCAUAAACUCAGACCUCUGGCACAGCAGCUCAGACUUGGAGUUUACUAUGCAGUGUUUGGUCCCUGACUUCCACCAACCUGCAGACUGUAUGGAUUUCUCCUCCCGACUUCAGGAGCAGCAGGUGUGUCUUGAACGAGUGACCAGCUCAGAUCUGGGGCUCAGUGGCACCAUCCAGGUUCGCAAUGUUGCUUUUGAGAAGCAGGUAUCUGUGCGAUACACCUUCAACCAGUGGAAAAGCCUCCAUGAAGUGUGUGCCCACUGGCACAGUAGCAUCCAUGAGAAAAACGGGCAGGAUCAGGUUGAUGUUUUCACUUUCUUUCUCCCUGUGCCUCCCUUCCUCCUUCAGCUGUGCUCUGUAGUCCAGUUUGCAGCAAGGUACCAAGUCAACGGCCAGGAGUACUGGGAUAACAACAGAGGGAAUAACUACAGUCUUACCUGCCGGACUCACCCCCUUAAGAUGCCUAGGGAAUGUGAGGAGAGCUGGAUCCACUUUAUCUAACACAGGAAGUGGGCACAGAGCAGCUUGUCAGUAGUCUGGUGGCACUCUCUUCCUUGGCAUGCUGCUCUGCUCCUAUGGCAACAGUCUCGUUUUUGAAACCUGCCAAGCCUGAUGAAGCGCUCCAGGGCAAGGAAGUAGCCCAUGACCCGGACAAACUGUUCUAAACUUUUCAGAAAGUAAAAAAGGCCAAAUGUAUUGAGUUACAUUGAAAGCCCCUGUGAUUUCUUGUAGGGUAUGCGUUGGUGCAGAAUGGUCCCAGGGAAUGCUGUCAGACUACCAGAGAGCAAAAUGACACUUCAUGUGGCUAGCAAUAUUCUAGGUUUCACAGAAUAUUUCUAACUGAUCUAUUUUACCAUUUUGUACUGUCUGUUUCCUAAAUGUGGAGUGUGGCUUUACUGGUUUUGUUUCUAAUUUUGUUUAUAUUAUCUCACCAAGCCUGGGCACUUUUCCAUUUAUGCAUAACUUGGAUGGCAGACACUUUAGGGAGUACUUGUAUUUUUAUAUAUAUGUUAUUAAGACUGUAACCACGUUGAAUAUUUCCAUUAAUAUUUGGGUUGGAAGUUAAAUGUUAUUAUGAGCAGAACAUACAUGAAAAUGUGCCAUCAGCCCCUCUGUUUCCCUUAGGAAAAAAAAAAAAAGGUGCCUGUGCCUUUUCUUAUCUCCAGUGUUUGCAGUAGGCAGCAGGAAUGACUGUUCCCAAAGUGUGUGUAAGGCAGAUCUUCACAGGGAAGUUCUCAUCUCUUUCAGGUGAUGCAUAAGUAGGCUUUUUUGUCUAGGUGGUGGUACAGGAAUUGUCCAUUCCUUGCAUGCCUGUUUUUUACUAAGGGAAACUAGAACAAUUUUGCACUUGGGCAGCAAUUGAAGAUCUUAAAGUACUAUAUGAAUGCUGGUGAUUUUACCACUGUUCCUGGUAAGUUUAUAAAUCAAGAAAUUAAUAUGAGAGAUAUAUAUAAAAUAAAUAGCCAGUACAAAGGAGCUGGUUGCCGAGUCUUGGAAUAACAUGCCAGAACCCUGAAUCCUGGCUCCCUGUUCCCCAGCAUCCCAGUACUGCCGCCGUAGUACCUUUGAAUUCUUUAAUCAACUGUUUCUCAUAAACUAGUUGAACUCCAAGACUGCAUCCUUUGCAAUACAAAGAGGGAGCUUGAAAGCAAAAUGAUGUCUGGUAAACUGAUACUUCCACAGACCCACAAACAGAAUCCUUUCUACAGCAGGGAGAGCACAGGAACACUGUUAGAUGCAGUCUUCCCAUGCUUCUUGCUCUACUACUUUCAUUCUGUGGUUUUAGUGUGAUUUAAGAUUGGCAUCAGGCUUAAAUCUAGUAAGUAAAAGACUGUAAAAAAAAACCCCCCGUAUUUCAUACAUAUUCAUAACUGCAUGGAAAGUUUAGCUUUAUAUGUGUACCAUAAACUUUCAAAACUGGCUGUAUGGUUGUAUAAGAGCUGCUUUUUAGGACUGUGCUAUGAAAAUCAGGCCACUUAUUUGGGUAUCUUAUUUUGGAUUGCUGCUUAUUCAUCAAAAUCACAAGUUUUAAAAAUCACUGUUGUAAGCAACCCCAAGUAUAUAUUAGUCCAGAAAGCUUACUGAGUAAUUCUGGAAGUGCAGAAACCCCAAGAAAAUUAAUGUGUCUGGCAACUUAAUGUUACUCCUUAGUUGUGAUACCUGUUUAGCAAAGCUAGGAUUUCAAGUGAAGCAGCUGCCUGGUUCCAUUGAUCUUUGGCUUUCAAAGAAAUCAAAGUCAUGCAGAUGAUCCUAUGAGCUGCUGAGCAGUUACUUGCAGUUACUGAGGAAACUCAAUCCUAUUUGAAACCAUUGAGAAGUGACUGUGUGUCUGCUUCAACUUUGUGUUGGAGCACUGUGAGGUUGAAUGUUUAAGUUGAAAUUGUUCUGAAGGAUUAGGUGAGGCUGAGGUGUGAUUGCAAACUAGAGAGAGGAAGGAGUGCUGUCUGCUUUCAAUCCACCUGCAUUGUUUUCUGUGUCAGGGUUAGAGGAGUGAUGAUUACCCAUCUAGCAGCAACUCUUCCUCUCCUAGAAAAAUCAUUGCAGGGAACUGGAAGUCUGGCCCUCCCCAUGAGUCACAAAAAGUGAGAGCUCUAAGAAGGAAGGAACACUACCUAAUUGUAAAGUUUUUUGCCUCCUAUGGUGGCCUUUAUAUGAAUAAAUGACAGUAUGGCAAUAUAGGACAUAAUAUACCUGAACCUAUAUUCUGCAUAGUCAAUAGGGAUGUUUUUGCUAUAGUUAGCAGUCUACCUAUGGUGUGACAGAGCGCAGAGAGGACACUGCAGAGCUGGCUCUGCCAAACUGAAAUUCUCAGCAGUAGCACAGGUUGUGCCAAAUUAUGCCAAUCUGUAGAUGUUGAGUUAGAUGAGCUGAAACAAACCUUCAGUGACUGCAGAAGAAUCUUUCUUGGUGUAAGUUGAAAUUGCAUACCUUUACUUUAGUGAAACUUGCUCACUUAAGGAAUUCCAUUAAAGUUUAUCCAGUAUUGUUGAAGUCCACAGGAGCAAAGUUUUAUGUACUUGUCAGCGAAGUAAGAACACAGACACGAGCACAGAAGCACUUGGGCUGAAUAAAAGUCACUAUUUUAAACUACUGUUGCAUUCCUCCUCCCCUCUUCCCAAUUACUGUAUUUCUUCCAUCAGCAAAACCACUCAAUCACCUUUCAGCACACCAUUAAAAAUUCCUCUCUUAUGAGACCGGUAUUUGACACCACUUUACACUAGCUGUUGCUGGAGCCCAAUGCCAUACUUGUCUUACUGGCAGAAAGAUGCUGUUGCCACCUUCUGGGAGAGAGUCUUUCAUGUGCUACCAAAUGUCAAAUCUGAGUGUUACUGCAGGCAGGGACUGAUUAUGUAAAGCUGAGGUUGUCAGUGUGAAAGUUAGUGUCAUGUGUUGGAGAGAGGUGAGAAAUUAAUGACUUGGCAAUGAGUUUGGCUUGUAUUGUCUUUCCUCCACGGCCUCUCAGGGUAUUUGCAUGUACAAUAUCUUGAACACUGAAGUAUUUUUGCAGGUUUGCCUUUCCUCUCUUUGCUUGUUUUGCAGUGCUGGAGAAGAACUGACAGCUGUUACUAACCCAGUUGUCUGAUGGUGCUAAGUUGAGCAGCCCUGCCUUGUAAUGGAACUGAGUGAUGAUCUCUGGGUUAAGCUGCUAAAUAUUCAAACGAGUAUUGGCACCUGUCAGGAAAGAUAAAAUUUGCACUUAGGUUUUCCUGUCAUACUCAGUAGUGAAUACCAAAAGGAUUCUAGCUGACAAAAAAAGGGAUGAAGCCAUUACAUAGUGGUAUUACACACCUGUGGUGAAGGUUGAUUUCUGACCACCUUUAUAAAUUCUCAGGACAACUUGACUGCUUGCACUGUGUUCAAACUGAGCACUUCCCUUAUAAUGAGGAGUUUGUAAAAGUGAAUUCUUCACAAGGGUAAUUGCCAUAUAAUGCACUUUUAAAAACCUGUAUUUAUUGUAGUCAUACAAUAAACAAAUGUCUAGUCCAGUUUCAAGGUUCUUUUGGGCAUGUUUUCUAAAGCAACGUAUGGAAUCCAUGUAAAUGAAAGGGGGUUAUCUUUCCCAAUUAAUCGUCUUGUCCAGAUGAAAGUACAUUACAUAGUAUAUCAGUAAAGCACAUAUGCUAGACAAAAGAUCAUUUUAUUUUAGUGGAGAGUUGUAUAAUUGCAAAGUGCUUCACUUUAUUUCAUCCUAAAAACAAUAAAAUGAUGGCUAUUGUAAUACAAAAGAUUGUAAUAAAAGCUUUUCACAAUUUUAUGGUUUUGUCAAUGUUUCUCCUGUUAACAGGUAAGGAAAUUCCUGAGUUUAGUGGCGCAACUUAGUGCUGAGUUGUCACUUAGAGCCACAUACUCAGGAAAGUAAGGUGGGUUUGAGUUGCUAAAAAAUGAAGAGCACUUGAUAAAUAUCGGUCUAUACAGCUGCUAAAAUGAUGAGGCUCCCCUUCUGACAUGGAAUUUGCUGCCGUUUCAGCUCAGAGUUCUGUGCG